CGGAGGAGGAGCUGCGUGAAGGGAACAACCGCCCCGCAGCCCCGCAGCCACUUGUCGUCAGAAGUCUCAGAGCAGAGUGAGUGUGCCGCAGCAUCCGAAACUUUUCUGCGUGCAUGCAGGAUUUUGCGCUUCAUUUCACCCGGGGGGGAAAAAAAGAAAAAAAAAAAAGUAACUGGGAUGUGACUUUUCCUGAACGGAGGAUGCACAUUCAAGAUUGAGGUGAAAGAUGAACGCCACCGCCGAUGCGCCGCCUCGGACCUUCCAGCCGCCCACCAUCCCGGUCAUCAUGUUCAUCUUCGGGGUGGUGGGGAACGUCACGGCCAUCGUGGUGUUGCGCAUCUCGCGCAAGGAGCAAAAGGAGACCACCUUCUACACGCUGGUGUGCGGCCUGGCCGUCACCGACCUGCUGGGCACGUUGCUCGCCAGCCCGGUCACCAUCGCCACGUACAUGCGCGGCGAGUGGCCCGGCGCCGAGCCGCUGUGCCAGUACUCGGGCUUCAUCCUGCUCUUCUUCUUCCUGGCGCAGCUUUGCAUCCUGUGCGCCAUGUCCGUGGAGCGCUACCUGGCCAUCAACCACGCCUACUUCUACAACGAGUACGUCAAUCAGCGGCUGGCGGCGCUGGCGCUGCUCGCCAUCUACGUCAGCAACGCCGGGCUGUGCGCGCUGCCGGGUAUGGGCUUGGGGGAGGUCAAGCUGCAGCGGCCGGGCAGCUGGUGCUUCAUCAACUGGCACGCGAGCGGCAACCGCACGUCGGUGGCCGCCUUCAACCUCAUGUACGCCGGCGUCAACGCGGCCGUCGUGCUGGCCACGGUGGCGUGCAACGUCAUGGUGUGCGGCGCGCUCAUCCUCAUGCACCGCCGGUUCGUCCGGCGCACGUCGCUCGGAGCGGCGCAAGAGCGCGGCCGGCGGGCGGCCGCCCGCGCGCAGCUCGGCAGACGGAGGAGCCUAGGGCGGCUGGCCGGGGCCGAGAUCCAGAUGGUCAUCCUGCUCAUCGCCACCUCGGCCGUGGUGCUCGUUUGCUCCAUCCCCUUAGUGCUGAGGAUCUUUGUGAACCAGCUGUACAGCAACCAAAAUGAAGAGUCGACGGGGCUCAACAAAGACCUGCUGGCCAUCCGCAUGGCCUCCGUCAACCCCAUCCUGGACCCGUGGGUGUACAUCCUGCUUCGGAAAACGGUGGUCCUCACGCUCAUGGAGAAGAUCAAAUGUCUCUUCUGCAAGAUGGGACGUGGCCGGACAGGGGGCGGCGGCCAGUUCCGCUGCGCCGGCGUCCGCCUGUCCUCGUCGUCCAUCGUGUCGCGGGACUCGCCGUCUCUGGUGUCGCGGGGACGCCAAGGGACGGCGUGCACCUCGCAGACCUUCCUGUACCCGACCGAGGGCGGGACGAGCUCCUUUCGAGAAGGGGCGGACGGCGGUCCCGUCUCACCGGGCGAACAAAUGUUACUGACCCCGAGGGAGUUCAGCGCAACUCGGACAGAGGCCCCCAAGUGGCCCGCGGAGGGGGAGCGGCCGGAUAUCUCCAAGCCGGCUUUGCAAGUGUCGCUUACGGAUGGGACGGCAAAUGUCCAGGAGAGAAGUAUCUAAGCAAAGACUUCGCAAACUGACGGAAGGUUUCAGUUCAUCUUGUCAGGUGUAAAUAUUUUCCAUCGCUUCAAAUGGCCACCAAGACUGAAUUAAAUACACCGCAGGUCUUAUGACCACUCGUCAUUGAGGCCUCUGGGUUUGUUUGGACUGGAUUUACAGUGAUCCCCCGUUUAUCGCGUUGUUCAAGACGCACCUACAAUAGGUGAGAAUCCACAAUAUAGGAUCCUCAUAUACCAAAAAAAAAAAAAAAAAAAAAAAAAC